AUGAAUACUAUGGAUCCCAACUGUUGUAUUGUAACAGAAACUCUUUCUACUAUCUGUGGACAUGUGACAACGGUAAUCGAACAUCACCGAAGUUGUGAACUCAUUCAGUUUGACCCGUAUCGUGCAGCAGGAUACGACCUUAAGUUUCUAUUAGAAUAUCAUCCCUGGACAAAAACUCGUAUGGCUAGCGCCCCCGUCGCAGAAUGCAAGUGUAUUUCUUGUGAUGCUAUCGAGAAAGGAGCUUCAUCUCAACCUUUUCGUCCACCUCCCAACACUUGGAUUUCUGACGUUUUUUACAGAGAGAUUUCCUUUGCACUUUCCUUAAACAUGAUAGCAGAUAGAAGAAAAUCAUGGGAAUCCUAUAUUUCUGACCAAACUAUCCUUUUUCAAAGACAGAAACGUUUUGACGAUGUUCUUGAAACCGCACAGCAAGAUUUGAUAGCCUACAACGCAAGUUCUGGGGAUGCAGGAGAUGAACAAGCACUUUACCAUUUAAAUUCAAACGUGGAAAAAGCAGAGAUAAUCAGGAGUUUCUAUGACCAUCAUCAGAAUGAAUAUUUGUUGCAGUUUAGAGGACUCAAGAACAUGUCGAUGAGAUUUCUUUUCGAUCCUGCGCAUCCAACCCAUCUCACUUUUGGUCUUCUCCGUCUUGUCAAACCCAAGGAUAUUCCCGCUAGAGAGGUCUGCGGAAUAUGUAGAGAGAUUAUGUAUAGUGAGAACCGUAAGUUUGUCAUGCGACUAUUUUGCGAUCAGCAUCUAUUUCAUGAAAACUGUAUAAUUCCAUGGUUCGAGACAGGUAACAACAACACGGUAACAUGUCCCAUGUGCCGAACUACUCUAGAGAUGUACAAACCUCCGAAUGUACUUGAUCACGAGUAG